AUGGUGUUGGGGCGUCCUCCCGAUGCAGACUCGAUAAGAAUUAAUGAUCAUGAGUUCAACUGCAGUCCGAAUCUCAGAAUCGCAUUACAACACCUUCGAAGCAAAGAUGAAGAGGUCACAUUCUGGGUGGACGCCGCCUGUAUCAACCAGGAAGAUAUCUCCGAGAAAAACACCCAGGUCCGCCUCAUGAAUCUUGUAUACAAGCAAGCAAAGAUCGUUCGAGUAUGGCUUGGUGAGCCCUUCGAUGGAAGCGGUGAAGCAAUGAUGUUCAUAGACGAUCUACAGCACUGGCAGGCCGACCAGAAAUUGAGCAAACAUUGUCAAGUUAUUACAGAGGCUCUCAUGAACAAAGUCAAGUUGCUCACGGAAUUUCCGUGGUGGCAGCGAGUUUGGGUCAUGCAAGAGGUAGUCUUGGCGCGUUCAGUCGACUUCCACUGUGGGCAUGAUAGAUUUCACUGGACCUGGUCAAUGUGGCGUAUCAUGGAAUUCCUGCCUGCCCUUGUGAUUGACCCUACCCAAUGCUUCAAACAUGACCAACUCCAAGGAGACAUUUGGGACAUCGUGGAAAUCCUGGUUCAUGCUUUGAAGGUCUUCACACGGCUCCUGGAUCUUCGAGGCAAGGAUGAAGUGGCUUUUCACCGGAACGAUACUGUCAGGAUCUUGAUCGAGAUGAGUCAGUUGCAUACCACUGACCCGAGGGACCACGUUUAUGGUGCACUCGGUCUCAUGCCAGAAUUCGCCAAAAUACAGCUCGUGAAUUAUGCUUUCCCCGUCGAGGCUGUGUUUAUGCUGACAACCUAUUUUCUCUGUUACUAUGUGAGGUCGCUACUGCCUCUAGCCUCGAUUUCUGGCAGAUCGACGUCUGCUCCCAAUCGAGGAUGGUCGCUCGCCAGCUGGGCCAUGGAUUUGAGAAGAUAUCCAAAGAAGCGCAAGCUUUUCCACUGGUUCACCGCAACUGGAGCUUGGGGUCCUGACAAUGCCUUUCAAAUUGACUUUGAUGUCUACAGCAGAUGUUCAAAGGUCCGAGGCACAUACUUCGAUCGUAUCGUCGCUUGCCACAAAGUCGAGGGUAAGGUCAACGUUCACUUCUUUCAGGUAGAGACCAUGAGAGCAUACGUGCAGGGCUGGAGAGACUUCCUCGGCGUUCACGACCACGGCGUCGGCCACAGCACUUACAUUAGUGGUUGCUCCAUGGAGCAAGCAUUUCGAUGGACCAUCGUGCGUGGUCUGCUAGAUACAAGUGGUGUAUAUGGUGAUGAUCGACCGUUGAAGAGUUCCGAUGCUGAAACAUAUUUUAGAUGGAUCGCUAGUCCUGCUAGCCGAAGCAUCAAUAGUCCUGAUGCCAACGGCUACAGUCAUCAAGCUGCUGUGCCAUAUCAAUUGGCACUGCACCGGCUCAUGUUCGACAAGAACACUUUCCUUUUCCGAACUGCUCGUGGCUACAUGGGUUUGUCGGUUGGUGUUCCAGACAUUGCGGUUGAAGACGAAAUGUAUCUGAUGCAUCGAGCUGAGGCGCCAUAUGCACUUCGACCAGUCACAUUGAGCAAUGGAGAUCGGACUUUCGAGGUCGCAAGCGAGUGCUACGUACACGGCAUCAUGAAUGGUGAAGCUUUUCGACCAACUCCAAACCACGAUUCACACCAGGCUAGGCGACAUGAACUGCGAGAGUCGUUGUUCGGUGGUUCUCCUACAGACCAAUUCCUGCCUGUUGCGCCAUACCAGGAAAUUGUGCUUGUUUGA